AUGCUCGCUUCAACUUCCCUGCUCGUGGCAGCCCUUGCCGGUGCCUCUCUGGCAUACCCAUACCCCGAGGGUUAUGAUCACAGCAACGGAACUCUCUCUUCUACAACGACCUCUGCCUCAUCCACAACCUCAGCAUGGUCGACAUCAUGGUCUACCACUUCGUCCAGCGCCAGCACCACGCAGCCUUGGACUAGUACCUCAACUGGCUCCAACUCAUCCAGUUCCGUCUCGUCCCAGCCUUGGUCCACGACGGCAUCUGCCAUAACUACCACCUCCAGCGCUUCUCCCACCUCAGCUUACACGACGCCCCAUACCAACUCCACCACAAUCGUCAGCACCACCCUGGUCUCUGAGACCACCACCACCUCAGUUCCUACUGAGAUCUGGACCACCUACACCACGACCGAAUGGCUCACCAAGACCAAGUUUGUUCCUUGUUCAACCCCAGUUGCCACUCAAGGGCCUACCACGUUUUACUCUACGUGGCUAACAACUGAAAUCUGGACAACCACCUCUUGCUACCCGCUGACCACCAAAUGGGCUCCUGCACCUGUUCCGGCCAAACCAACCACUCCACCUGCUCCAUCCAAGCCAACCACCACACCGGCACCUGCUCCUGUUCAAAUCAUCCCCUCGGGCUGCCCUGCUGUUGGCAUCGAGACUGUCACCGUUACCGCCACUCAACCUGCCCAAGGUGGUUCGGGAACCUACUAUCCGCCAGGCCAAUGCCAUCAAUGCCAGACCAUCACCUACACAGAUGUCUGGGGUUAUGUUGUGACCAUUGCCAUUCCCACUCAGCCUACUCCUGCUCCCGCCAAGCCUACCACCACCGACGUUGUAACCACCACCCAGGCACACAAUUCGACCACAUCCGCCUGGACUCCAAGCACGACAAGCAAGCCUGUUGACAGUACAUCGACCUCCCCUACGGGUUCCUGGACCACCACCAACAGUACCACCAGCGUCGUAAGCACCACGUCAGCAGCAUCCAGCACGGCGACCUGGGGCACAAGCUCGACAACUAAAAGCAUUGGCUCAACAACCACAACCAGUGCUGCUAGCGCCAGCGGGACCGGUACCUAUAAGCCGACGUCCUGGGCCAAGAUUCGGAGAUUCUGA